ACCCGAUAACCGGAAGUAGAAAGGGGCGGUGACGUCAUUCUCGAGCUGCUCCCUCGAAACUGGAACUUUCCGGAACCGACUGGAUGGCGAAAGAGUCCUGUUGUUAUUAAUCUCAAGAGGAACAUCCGUUAUCCUUGCCAAAGAAGGAUUACAUUUCUCUGGGGUUUUUUUGUAUUCCAUUAUGGCUGCUUAAACGCCGACAAAGGGGAUGUCUGAGAUGGGGGGAGGGGUUUGAGAACACGUAUACCUUGGUCUGUGUGUGUGUGUGUGUGCGCUUGUGUGCUUGAUUUAUUUCGUUUAUAAUGUGUGUACAUACAGUCACCAACCACAAGUUUAAAUUUGAACGGUUACAUAAUAUAUUACAUAUUUCUGAUCUAAAUAAAGUGUUGACUGAACCUGGGUGAGAUGAUCACAGUGUAAUAUUCUGAUUAUUGAUUUGAGGAUGCAUUUUAAUUCCGCUUUUUAAAAUGGCCCAUGUUUUUUUUUUUUACUGCACAGCAUGUGUUUUGUUAGAUUUGCAUCCACCGGGGCUGUAACUGAAGAAGAAAUAAGGGAGUUUCCGCAGUUAAAUGCUGAGUAGAACUGUCUCCUAGGUACAGGUGAAAUGGAUCCAGGUGUAAAGUAUAGCCUCAGGCUGUAUGUAGGGAAUGGGAUGUUUAACAACAAAUAUACCCAUGGAAUAGCGUGUCAUGCAGUGUGUAUCCCACACUGUGAUGAUGGUGGUGGCUGGAUGGGUCAUCUUGUUUCUUCUACAGUUUGUGUUGCACUUAGUCAAACUUUUGUUUUGUCCUAUCCCUUCUCUGUUUCUGUAUUUCGAGUUCAGUACCUCGUCCUAAUCCUCCUCCCCCUGGUCUCUUUAACUAUUUUCUGUUGCAGUGUGAGUGAGUGUGUUGGUGCGGGAAAGUGUGACCUAGGGUUUUUCUCAAACCCCUCUCCCUUUGAAGGACAUCUCUUUUGCCCUUACAUUUCUUAAACUUAAAAAAAAUCAAAAUGGAAACUCUUGUUCAACUAAAAAACAACCCGUUUUUGCUGGGCUUGCGUCGCAACGGGCCUCCACCUGACCUGCAAUAUGAUAACUCCUCAGAGCUCUUCCGCAUUUCAACCUUUGCUCGAUUCCCUGCUUCGGGAGUCACGGAGCGCAGUCUGGCGAAGGCAGGUUGGUUCUACACCGGCGUGGGCGACCGGGUGCAGUGUUUCCGGUGUAACGUGACGGCAGAAGGCUGGCAGACCGGAGACUGUCCCACGGAGAAGCACCGGCAGCUCUCCUCCGCCUGCUCCUUCAUCCAGAGCCUCCCGUCGACAGCCAAUCUGCUCUCCUCCGCUCACUCCGCCUUCUCCCCACUCCGCAUUGCCCCCUCCAUACCGGUUUCUGGUCCAGGCCCGGCAGCUCCGAACCCAACAGCAAGCCAAGGCGAAGAUCCAGUCGGGUACCUAAACAUGGGCUUCUCUGCUCCGCAACCCUCGAGCCCACUCGCCUCUCGUGGCGUAGAAGACAUGUCCCACCAGAGACCGACAUGCCACAACCCCGGCAUGCGCCGAGAGCAGGACCGCCUGGACACCUUCCAGCCCUGGACGCUCUCCAUCAUAACUCCAGCUGAGCUCGCCAAGGCGGGCUUCUACUUCCUGGGCCAGGGUGACCGGGUGUCCUGCUUCAGCUGUGCUGGACAGUUGAGUAACUGGGAGCCGGGGGACAGGGCCGCGUCCGAGCACCAGCGGCAUUAUCCAAACUGCCGAUUUGUGCGCGGGGAAAGAGCCGACAACGUGUCUCUGGCGGCGGCGUCCGGCGGCGUCUCUUCUCAGUUGUCUUCGGGAGCCGCGGCCCUCAGCAACGUGUCCAACCCGGCCAUGGAGCAGAGCGACGAGAGGCUGCUCACGUUCGUCAACUGGCCGUCUCGUAUCCCCGUCAGGCCGGACCAGCUUUCUAAAGCCGGCUUCUAUUAUGUCGGCCGCAACGACGACGUCAAGUGUUUCUGCUGCGACGGAGGCCUCCGGUGCUGGGAGUCGGGGGACGAUCCAUGGGUGGAGCACGCUAAAUGGUUCCCUCGGUGUGAAUAUUUGCUCCAGGAGAAGGGACAAGAGUUUGUUCACCAGAUUCAGGCUCGCUUCCCUCGGCUGUUUGAGCAGCUGUUGGCAAAUGGAGACAGCAGCUCCAGAGAGUUUGUGGAUCCACCUGUGGUUCACCUCGGUUCAGGAGAGGAGCGCUCCGAGGACGCCAUCAUGAUGAACACCCCGGUGAUCAAGUCGGCUUUAGAGAUGGGCUUUGAGCGAAGUCUCGUCAAGCAGACGGUCCAAAGCAAGAUCCUGACCAGCGGAGAGAACUACAGGACGGUCCAGGAACUGGUCUUGGACCUGCUGAGCGCCGAGGACCAGAAGAGGGAGGAGGAGCGAGAGAUGCUGGCGGAGGCGAUGGCGUCGGACGGUUUCACCUUCGUGAAGAGACACCAGGCGGCGCUGAUCCAGCGUCUGAAGAGCGUGGAGCCCGUGAUGGAGCAUUUACGAGAGCAAAAUGUUCUCACGGUGGAGGAGUACGGCGGCCUGAAGGCCCAGACGUCGGCGCAGCAGCAGACCGCCCAGCUCAUCGAGCUCGUCCUCACCAAGGGGAACGCGGCGGCCGAGGUCUUCCGCAACUGGAUCCAGAAAAACGACGUCUACCUGCUCCGGGAUCUCAUGGCCCAAUCAAACGAAGCUGCAUCGCCGAGCCAAGAUCUUUCAGACCUCCCCAUGGAGGAGCAGCUGCGGCGCCUGCAGGAGGAGCGUACCUGCAAGGUGUGCAUGGAUAAAGAAGUGAACAUCGUCUUCAUCCCCUGUGGACACCUGGUGGUGUGCAAGGAGUGCGCCCCGUCGCUGAGGAAGUGCCCGAUCUGCAGAGGCCUGGUCAAAGGCACGGUCCGCACCUUCCUCUCGUAACCAGGACCCUGCGGCCCGCAGUCUCACAACCACGAGAUUGAAUUUAAGCAAUAUAAUAAAGGUUUAUAUGACAAACACAAGUCGUGACAUGAAAAUUACAUAAUUUACAUGUCUAUUAUACCCAUUGCUGAUGGUAGUACUAGUCAUAUUUCUGUUAUUCACUGGUAAUAUUACUAUUAGUUUAUCCAUCUUUCUUGAUAUUCAUAAUUAACCAUUCAAUGAUCAUUUGGAUCAAUCAAUGCUAUCAGUUAAACAUUUAUAACAUGUUGUAUUGAGAGCUGAGGCUUGUCACCUAAGGAGAAUAUCUGGUUCACCCUAAAGGUCACCACCUUAAAUACAACCUUGACCUUUGUCUUCCUGUGUGGUAAACUCUUCACAUCUUUCAUCCCGACUAGGUGAGGAAGACAGAAAUCCGGUCCUGACGCUCUAUAAAUUUAAUUUUAUUAUUUUUGAUUGAUAUAUUCAGUAAAAGUCUGUUUAGUAGAUCAUUACGUUUUAUUACAACUGGGUAAUGUUUUAAAGAACAUUAGUUUUCUGUAAAUCAAUAUGGAAAAAUCUGUGUUUAAGGAUCCAUUUUUUGUAUAACAAGAUUGCAUUAUAAAAACACAAUUUCAAAGUAAUACAACAGCCCAACUUUAUAUCAAUUUGACGGUCUAAAUAGGAUUACAAAUACAGUGCGUCAAAUACAGGGAUGGGCUACUGUAGACGCCCUGACUAAAUCAAGAUAUUGAAACAAAAUUAUACAGCAUCUCAGUUUGUAUGAAAAUCUUUCAUUAAAGUGGCUUUUGUGAAUUUA